UAUGGAUUACUUUACUUUUGUACAUAAACUUGCCUUUUACACGAUUUUCUCAAAUGAUGUCUUUUAAGGACAUGAGAUUCUGCAUUUUAAAAUGUUCAUUAUAGCAGGUUAGUUUCAAGGUUGCUGUAAUUCGUCUUUCAGCCUGUAGAUGACAAACAAGACAUGCUCGGCUGCAAUCCGAAGAGCAGCAGCAAUUGCAGACAGAUUUAAGCUAACGCUAGCUACAAUAACAUUUUCUUUUCACCCCAAUUUGGGGUGUUGUCAUUCGUUGGUUUUUUAGCGUAUUCAAGGCUGGCUUCACUGGCCAAACAUGCAGAAAUAUGAAAAGCUUGAAAAAAUCGGGGAGGGUACGUAUGGGACCGUUUUUAAGGCAAAAAACAGAGAAACCCAUGAAAUUGUGGCUUUGAAAAGGGUCAGGUUGGACGACGACGACGAGGGGGUGCCUAGUUCUGCUCUGAGAGAAAUUUGUCUUCUGAAGGAACUGAAACAUAAAAACAUUGUCAGACUACAUGACGUUUUGCACAGUGAUAAGAAGUUAACCUUGGUUUUUGAAUACUGUGAUCAGGAUUUGAAGAAGUAUUUCGACAGCUGCAACGGGGAUCUAGAUCCUGAAACUGUGAAGUCAUUCAUGUACCAGCUGUUGAAAGGCCUUGCUUUCUGUCACAGUCGAAAUGUUCUUCAUAGAGAUCUGAAACCGCAGAAUCUCCUCAUCAACAGAAACGGCGAGCUGAAGCUGGCUGACUUUGGUUUGGCUCGAGCUUUUGGAAUUCCUGUGAGGUGUUACUCAGCAGAGGUGGUGACAUUGUGGUAUCGGCCUCCGGACGUGCUGUUUGGAGCCAAACUUUACUCUACCUCUAUCGACAUGUGGUCUGCUGGAUGCAUAUUUGCAGAGCUGGCUAAUGCUGGAAGGCCUUUAUUCCCCGGGAAUGAUGUGGAUGACCAGUUGAAAAGAAUUUUCAGAUUGUUGGGAACACCAACUGAAGAACAGUGGCCAACAAUGACAAAACUCCCAGAUUACAAGCCAUAUCCCAUGUAUCCUGCCACCACCUCACUGGUGAAUGUGGUCCCUAAAUUAAGUAGCACAGGACGGGAUCUACUUCAGAACCUGUUGAAAUGUAAUCCUGUCCAGAGGAUCUCUGCAGAAGAGGCCUUACAGCACCCUUACUUUGCUGAUUUCUGCCCACCAUAAAUGCUUAACUGCCUCUCGAUAAACGUCAGCUGCCAGAAUCAACCAUCCCCGCUCUCUUUUGGGACUUUAGGACAAAUUCAAAACAAGGCAAAUCCCUCACUGGAUUUUCAAACACUCCCCCUGCUAUUCAUUCUGUUGUGCCUCUGUGAGGAACAAAGUCCUAGUGUCCCUGCAAGGAUUUAUUAGCUUUUUUUAAGUUGAAAGCCUGUUUUUAAUUUGGCACAUACACACUUUCCAGUUAAUUGGCACGAAUGUGGGACGACGUUGGACCGCAUAAACCUUACACCUGUGAAAACGGUAUAUCAUAAUUAAAAAUGGCCCUUAGAAUCUGUGGUAAUCUCAUUUGGUGAAUUCACUUUGAAUAACUAAAAUUUAUUGCAGUACAGUAGCCCCUAAAAAGCCUUUGUAAAUAUAUUGUUUCUAUUAUGUUUUUGUUUUCAAAGCAGAUUUGAAGUCUUAUCAUUUGUAGAGGCUUUGAUGCCAGUUCCAAUAUUUAUAUCUGAAAGUUUACAAUAUGUGAUGGUAUAUUGACCACCUGAAUCUGGUUAUUAAAACAUAUGGCUGAGACAUGUGUGGACAGACUAAUUUAAUGGUGGCGUUCUAAAUGAUCUCAUACUGUACAGCUGUUUACCUAUUAGCCAUCAUAUAUACAUUUACUGAUUUAAUAUUUUUUUAACACAUUCCAGAGGCCACUAAUGCUACAGAGCUUCUGUUUACGAUUAGACUACAUUAAUAGAUUUGUGGGCUUUAGAGUCAUGCUAUUCAUUUGAAAAUGAUUAAGGCAUAAGUCAAUGUUUUUGUAACACAAGCUUUCAAAAAGCUUCCGUGGGGGCUUCCUGAAUAUUAAUAUGUCAUUUGGUAGUAAUCAAAGGGAAAUGGGAAUUCCCCCCAGUUAAAAGCUAAAUUUAAUUACCUUAAUCACUCUUUUUACUCAUUAGGUAAUGCUAGCUGUUAAUCAGACUUAACUGUAAGUGUAUCUGUUGAAUAAAUGACCCUUUUUUCCUACAGCUAGUACCAAAUUAAAAACUGACUGGCAACAGUGUAGAAAAUAGUGAGACAAUUAGAGACCGUUUUGAUUACAUGGGCUGUACGCACUUUUGUGUUUUCUGAUAUUUUACAUACCAAUGCUAAAACUCAUUUUCCAAUUACCUAUUACAAGAUUUUUGGAUAGCACGGGAGGCUAACUGAUCAUUUCUGUUUCUCAGGCUUUUAUUUUCUCAUUUUGUAUUUAUCUUUUAUGCACUUUGUGAUAGUUUUAUUUCCGAUUGUUUAGUUGUCGUUACCUUAGAAUAUGUUGAACACUGACAGCCAGGAUUAUACCAAUUAACAGUGAAUGGGCUAAUAUAUAUAUGUUAAUGACUAGUGGACCAUUGUUGACCAUUUUUAUUUGUUUUUUUACAUUUCUAUCACCAUGACACUAACACUUUUCUCAAAUGCUUUUCUAACAGUUAAGUUAAAAAUGGGAAAACAAACCCGGAUAAUCUGCUGAUAAUCUGUAUUUUUGCGUAAUGACUGUUUUUGCACCAUUAGCUGUUUCCAUUUCAGUUACUUAAUAACAUGGUUAACAGCUCGCAGUAUUAUUUUGCUUAUGAUUGUUACAGAGCUUCUAGUCAUCCCAUAGAAAUCAUCUAUAAUGAGCUGUGUUUGAAGUAGCCGUCUUAGUAGGAAAGGGGUUCAUUUUCUUUUUGCUGAUGUAAAACAAAAUAAUUGAUGCAUGUAUUUAUUAAUGAUGAAAUGUCCGCUUUUUAAUUUUUUUAAAAAUGUAGCACACUUUCAUUUAGUACAAAAACUCUUUGAAUGAUCUGAGUAUGCUCCAGUUUAUUGUGUUUUGCAGGCUCUUUUUAGGAUUUUCAAAUGUUUGAAGGUUGUGUGUGUGUGUGGAUUAAGUUAUAAUGAAAAACACAAAACAUGUUUUCACUCAUCCACUUGUAUUGGCAGAACAUUUGACUUUAAACGGCUUAAAAGUGCAUUUGAACGAUGA